AUGCGACACAACACAGACUCCAUGUUUCUGCCAACAAACUCGGCAUCAUUGUCAAUGAUUUACUAUGCGACAAACUACUCAACGAAGCUGGAUACACCCCUUUGGAAAAGAAUAGCGCUGAUGCUCGACCUGUUUGACGGCCUAGAUGAAGGAGCCCAUGGUGUCACACCUACUGGUGGCAGUGAUACGGCACAGACCGCACAGCGGAACAACAAAACUCGGCAGUUUUUCGCCCGGCUAGCAAACCAGAUCUUCACCAGCCGUGAGAUCUCUUCGGUGGAGAACUGGGGGAACAUCACCCUUAGUGCUUUGUACUGGGUCCUAUUCCGGCGGUGGAACCAUCUCCGAGAUGCCGCAGACCCGGAGACGCGGCUCCGUGCCGCUCCCGAAUUUGUGAGCUUUGGCCCCGGUGGUCGUAGCCUACCGGCACUCGAAGCAUACACACAUCGCGGUCCGAUUCUUGAGGAGCCUUGCUUUUAUGAUUACGUUGCUCUGGAGUUACGACCGAUCCCGAAGCAAGCCGUUCCUGUCAUGUCUGGGUACCUAGACUACGACCUCCGUGGAACAGAGGAAGGCUUUUAUCAAAGAGAGGUAUUUGCCGCCAAAGAGUUAUCUAGCCGGCUCGUGAUCACCGCGACCUCCGGGACUGCGGCAGCCGGUAUCGGCGGCACUACCAUCCACUCCGCCGUGGGGUUAACCUUCAAGGACCAGGACGGGCAGACUAGCGACACCACUUUGACUGCCAGCCUGGACAAGGCCAAGCAGAGAUGGCGCCGACGGGAUGUCUUGGUAAUCGACGAGGUCAGUAUGUUGGGCCUGCCGACACUUUAUGACAUCGACCAGAAGCUAAGGAUGUUGAGGGGCUUCGCGGACAAGCCGUUUGGCGGCAUGCCCGUGGCAAUUUUCACGGGCGACUUCUUACAGUUUCCACCAGUAAACCAGAGCAGCCUCCUCAAGGACUUCACCAAGCUGCCCGAUAUUACAACACACACUAGACCGAGUAGGAAUGCAUCGGAGAAGAGAUGGAAGGAGAUGGAGGCUUAA